GUAUAAGGUAAGGUACGAACGACAUUAUAUUCGUAACCAAACCAUUAUUAUCGUGGAUUGUGGUCUCACAUUUUUGCGCUCAACGCCUCAACAGUCAACUGAUUUUCAGACUUUCAGAUUGUAAGAGUAGAGGCUAAAGGAUAGAAGAUCGAUUAAAGUUCAGAAUUCGUAAACGCACCGCCGGCCCUGCAGAACGGAGUACGCAUUACGAAGUCCGAACCAAAUCCGGAUUGGCGAAGACAGGCAUAGCGUUUUAACCGGUAAUAACCAACUCGUGGUUGUCAUCAGUGGCCAUCCGUUCACCGGCAACAGUACGCGCCAACGGGUGUCAUCAGUUACGAGGUUUACAUCGUAACAACUUCGACAGGAACCGAGAGCACUAUCACGAGUUAGAUUAAUCAUGGCAGGAGGCGACAAUAUGGGUGAUUUCCAUCAAAUACUCACUAGUUUGCUGAGUACUGACAAUAAUGUGCGGCAGACCGCCGAGGAAACUUAUCAAGCGUUACCUUUAGAAACAAAAGUAUCAUAUUUAUUCAAUGCUGUACAAAAUCAAGCUGGUGAUAUAGAUGAAAAACAAGUGGCAGCCGUAAUGUUGCGCAGACUUAUGGCCAAUGAAUUUAUGGAUUUUUAUUCUCCCUUGUCACCUGAAAAUCAGAAACAGUUUAAAGACAAUUUGUUAUUAAGUGUAAACAAUGAAAAAAAUGACAUAUUACGUAGACGUAUGUGUGAUGUUGCUUCCGAGGUAGCUAGAAAUCAGUUGGAUGAAGAUGGUAAUAACAGUUGGCCAGAAUUUUUGAAUUUCCUGUUUCAAUGUGCUAAUUCUCCUUCAAAUGAUAUGAAAGACUCUGCACUUAGAAUGUUCACAAAUGUACCUGGUGUUUUUGGAAAUCAACAAUCAAACUAUUUGGUUGUGAUAAAACAAAUGCUUCAGCAAUCAUUAAAUGUACCUGAUUCAAAUGUCCAAAUACAAGCUGUUAAAGCAAUUUGUGCUUUCAUAUUACACCAUGACAAAGUUAUAGAGAUUCAAAAACAAUUUACUGAUUUAUUACCAAACAUGAUGAGAAUAACAAAUGAAAGCUUGGAAGCUGAAGUAGAUGAUUCGUUGAUUAAACUAUUGGUCGAUUUAUCUGAAAACGCGCCAAAGUUUUUAAGAUCUCAGUUGCCUAAUAUAGUAGAAAUGUGUUUGAGGUAUCUUGGAAACGAAGAGGCAAGUGAAUCAUACCGUCAGAUGUGCCUUGAAGUAGUUGUUACAUUAGCUGAAACAGCUCCAGCAAUGAUGCGUAAAGAAUCGUCUAAGUAUAUUGUUCAGUUAAUUAGACAAGUGUUGGAGCUUAUGGCUACUGUAGAAGAUGAUGAUGAUUGGGGUACCCAAGAUGAUCCGGAUGAAACUGACCAAGAAAGUAUGAGUGUUAUAGCUGAAUCUGCACUGGACAGACUAGCUUGUGGUCUUGGCGGUAAAACAAUGUUGCCACAUAUAUUAAGUAAUGUUUCAUCAAUGUUGGCAAAUCCAAAUUGGAAGUAUAGGCAUGCUGCACUGAUGGCAAUAUCUGCUGUGGGUGAAGGUUGUCACAAACAAAUGCUGCCUAUGCUACCAGAAAUUUUGGAUGGAAUUUUAAACUUUUUACAAGAUCCACAUCCUAGAGUAAGAUAUUCCAUGUGCAAUGCUAUUGGUCAAAUGGCAGCAGACUUUGCUCCCACAUUUCAAAAAAAAUUCCAUGAAAAAAUUGUACCUGCUAUAUUACUUUUACUUGAAGAUAAUUUGAAUCCUAGAGUUCAAGCACAUGCAGGCGCUGCACUUGUAAACUUUUGUGAAGAUUGCCCAAAAAGAAUACUUUUAUCUUACAUGGAUCAGAUUAUGGUAAAGCUUGAAAGUAUAUUGCAAGCUCGUAUUGCUGAUCUUGUGGAAGGUGGUGGUAGACGAUUAGUAUUGGAGCAAAUGGUAACCACUAUCGCAUCUGUAGCUGACACUUGCGAAGGAGAUUUUGUUAAGUUUUAUGACCAUCUUAUGCCAUGUUUAAAAGAAAUCAUCCGUAAUGCUAUCGCUCCUGAGUUAAAGCUGUUAAGAGGAAAAACAAUAGAAUGUGUUAGCUUGAUAGGUUUAGCUGUUGGUCAAGAGAAAUUUUUGGCGGAUGCUAGUGAUAUAAUGGAUUUAAUGUUGGCAACUCAUAACAAAGAUGAAAAACUCUCGGAAGAUGAUCCACAAACUUCAUACUUAAUAUCAUCAUGGGCUCGAAUGUGUAAAGUGAUGGGUCCUCAAUUUGAACAGUAUCUUCCUUUGGUGAUUGGUCCAGUAAUGGCUGCUGCUUCAUUGAAACCUGAAGUUGCAUUACUGGAUAAUGAUGACAUGAAUAAUAUGACUGACAAUAAUGAGUGGCAGUUUGUACCUUUAGGAGAGCAACAAAACUUUGGUAUUAGAACUUCAGGUCUAGAAGACAAGGCAUCAGCUUGUGAAAUGCUUGUAUGCUAUGCACGAGAGUUGAAAACUGGUUUUGCUCCCUAUGCAGAAGAUGUUGUUAAACUUAUGGUGCCUUUAUUGAAAUUUUAUUUCCACGAUAAUGUUCGAAUUGCUGCAGCUCAAAGCAUGCCUAGUCUUUUAGAGUGUGCACAAAUCAGAGGAUCAGAAUAUUUGACACAUAUGUGGGGUUAUAUUUGUCCCGAACUUUUGCAAGCUAUUGAAUCUGAACCUGAACCAGAUGUUAGUGCUGAGAUGUAUGAUGCACUAGGAAAAUGCAUAGAAUUAUUGGGAACAGGAUGUUUAUCAGAUAAAUGGAUGAAAGAUCUAUUGCAUACUUUGGAAAAAAAUUUAAAUUCUCACUUUGAAAAUGAAAUUCAACGUUUAGAAAGGCGUAAAGAUGAAGAUUAUGAUGAGGUUGUGGAAGAAAGACUAGCUUUGGAAGAUACUGAUGAUGUCUACAAAUUAAGCAAAAUGACUGACAUUCUGCAUGCCCUUUUUGUCACUUUUAAAACAGAUUUCUUCCAGUAUUUUGAUCUUAUUGUACAUCAAUUUGCUAAAUUAUUGGAUUCUGAUAAGAGUGCAUCCGAUCAUCAGUGGGGUCUUUGUGUCUUCGAUGACCUUAUUGAAUUUUGUGGACCGGGUUGUGCUAAAUAUCAAGAAUAUUUUUUACGACCUAUGGUUGGAUAUGUUACGGAUGUUAACAGUGAAGUUCGUCAGGCAGCUAUUUAUGGCUGUGGAGUGUUAGGCAUGUGUGGAGGACCUAGUUUUGCUGGUGUAUGUGCUGAAAUCAUGCCAUACCUUUUACAAGUGAUCAACAACAGUGAAUCCCGAUCUGCUGAAAACAUAAGUGCAACUGAAAAUGCUGUAUCAGCUAUUGCUAAAAUAUUAGAAUACAACAGUUCAGCUAUUAAUGUUAAUGACAUACUACCUCUCUGGCUGUGCCACUUACCGGUUUGUGAAGAUACUGAUGAAGCUCCUUUUGUAUAUGGUUACCUGUGUCAGCUCAUCGAAAACCACCAUCCUUUGGUAUUAGGACCAAACAAUUCUAAUAUCCCUACUUUAAUAAAGAUAAUUGCUGAAGCAUUUGUACGAGAUGCAAUUGACAGGUCACAUGCUGUUGCCCAGAAAAUGAUUAUGAUUGUUAAAGGAAUACAGGCAAACCAAGAGCUAUUUAAUGCAUCUUUAGCUGUAUUGAACCCGGAACAGAUGAAGAUGUUACAAAGUCUUCUAAUGACUAAUAAUUGAUUUUAACAUUUACCCGUUAAUGUUUUAUUUUUGUGACAAAUUUGAAUCCUUAUUAUAACCCCGCUUCUACUAUUUUUAAUUUAUAUCAUCACUUGUUAUUUUUUGUUAUAUAGUAACAAAGUUAAAUAAUUUUGAAGAUGUAUUAAAAAUAUUUUGAAUUUUAAUACUCUUAAAAAUUGAAGUUAAAUUAAUGUUAAAAACUUUUAAACAUUGCAAGAUUUAAAUUGAUAUGUACUGCAACAUUUGUAAUAUACAUUUUUUUUUUUAAAUCUUAUUUUAGAUCUUAAAUACCAGUUAUCAUUGAUGACACUUUAUACUCACAAUUUUAUUUUAUUAUGUUAAAUAAUAUUUACUGUAUUUAACCAGCAAUCAAUAAUUACAUAUUUUUUCAUGCCGAAUUAGAAAACUAAAUUGUACACUAAUUUAUUAUUUUUCCCUCAGAUUUAGUAACAUGUUACAUUAUUGUUAUCAUCUAACUCAGUAAUUCUCAACCAGGAUGACACAAAAAAAUCAAUGAGAAAAGGAAAAAAAUUAAAAAUAAAUACAUUUUUGCAAAAAAAAAAUCAUAUUUUUUUAUUCCUAUUAAUAUCAUGUUUUGAACGUUUUUUUUCUGUGUACUGUAUUUUUUUUUUAAUAAUAGAAUUAUUUUUAAAUAUAAUGCUUAGUUUUUUAUUAUUUUGAUGAUGCAGAUUCUAGUGGUUAAAGGUGACAUUAAUAAAAAAAGGUUGAGAACUACUGAUCUAACUCUAUCAAAAUAUCUAUGUACAAUAGAAAAUAUUUGGUAGCAAUUGAUUGUUUAUGCUUCUCUUUAAGAGUACCAUCUAGAUGAUUAUAUUAUAUAUUUUUGUAGAAAUAAGAAGAUUACUUUGAGUUUAAUUUAUUAAUGCAAUGUUGAAUUAUUUAAAAAUGUGAAUUAUGAAAAAAAAUCAAUUUUUAAGAUUAA